AUGCAAGAAAAUGAAAUGGUAUUACAAGGGUGUGUGUUUGGAUACCUCAGUGCCCCCCAAAGAACUGGGAGCAAGGUCGUGGUCUGGAGAGGGAGACGGCCAUCAGGAGCACUCCACUCGACCUCCUCACUCGAUCGAGCUUGCGGCUCCUCUUCUUCUUAUCCUCAAAGUGGGUGUGGCUCCUUGGCCUUGGUGGAGCUGGCUAGCUCGAACGCCGUAUGGGUUCUCUGCUCUGGGGAAGUCCUGGUAAGGUGCUGGAUCGUAUCAAAUCCAAAACUGGCUCCUCCAGGUCAACUCGACCUCAGCUCGAUCGAGUUGAGUUUCCUCUGUUGGACUCGAUCGAGUCCGGUGGUCGAGCUGGAGCGUCUGGCCUUGGAACUCUUCCUCCUUCUCUGUGUCCUCCUUCCCUUGGCUCGAAAGAGAGGCUCUGUGAGGCUCUUGGGCAGGGAGCCUCCUUGGAGUGGUGAGGAGAGAUCUACUCCUAGGGAAGGGAGCCUUGGGGACUUCUUCUUCUUGCUUGAAGAACCAGAAACCUUCUUCUCCAAACUUUUGAUCUUGCUCACCAUCUUGUCCAUGGACUUUUGCAUCUUCUCAAUGGCUUUCCCUUGCCAUUUGUUGAACUUUUGGAGAAGUCCAAUCCUCUUGUGGGCAGCCACAACAGAGGGGUUCAUCCUCAUGCCCAACUAA